GAGCAGCUGAGAGGAUGUUAAACUCACAGGAACGCAGCAGCAGCAUCAGCAGCGUGUUCAGGGGGACGUUCAUCCACUCGACCCGGGAAACCGCGCUGCACAUCCGAGAAGACGAGCUCCUGGGAGUGGAUGCAGAUGGAAAGAUCGCUUUCAUUGAGAAGGGCGCAGAGCUUGACAGGCUGUCUCAGACCUUUGGAUUCAGUCCAACUGAAGUCACUCAACUGGUUCAACAUGAGUUCAUCAUGCCAGGACUGGUGGACACCCACAUCCAUGCAAGCCAGUACAGCUACGCCGGCACAGCAUUGGAUAUGCCCUUACUGCAGUGGCUCAAUACCUACACCUUUCCUGUGGAGUCACAUUUCAAGGACUUGCAGUUUGCCCGCAAGGUUUACUCUCAAGUAGUGAAAAGGACCCUGAGAAAUGGAACAACCACUGCUUGUUACUUUGCUACCAUACAUACAGAUGCCUCUCUUCUGUUGGGCCAGAUCGCAAAUGACUUUGGACAGCGUGCCUUUGUGGGCAAGGUGUGUAUGGACAGGAACAACUUUGUGAAACAUUACAAAGAGACCAAUCAGGAGUCUCAAGCUGAAACCUGCAGGUUCAUUGCAGAGCUCUUGAACAAAAAGUACCCUCUGGUGAGACCAGUGGUGACUCCCCGCUUCGCUCCAUCCUGCACAGGAGCCUUGUUAGGACAGCUGGGAGCAAUCGCUAAGAAGAACAACUUGCACAUUCAGAGUCAUAUCAGUGAAAACAUGGAGGAAAUCAAGCUUGUAAAGGAGCUGUUUCCUGAUUCAGAGUCAUACACAGACGUCUAUCUCAAACAUAACCUGCUUACUGACAAGACAGUGAUGGCUCAUGGCUGCCACCUCAGUGAUGAAGAGUUGGUUGUGUUCAGAGAGACAGGAGCCUCUUUGUCUCACUGUCCCAAUUCCAACAUUUCGUUGUGCAGUGGAAUCUUGAAUGUUCGCAACGUCAUGAAACACAAAGUGAAGUUGGGGCUGGGAACAGACGGCGGGGGCUACUCGUCCUCUAUGCUGGACGCUGUGAGGAGAACUCUGGACUCAUCCAAAGUCUUGACCAUCCAGGACCCUGAACACGUCACACUCACCUUUGAGGAGGUGUUCAGACUGGCCACACUGGGAGGCAGCCAGGCCUUGUCCCUGGAUGACCAGACAGGGAACUUUGAAGUGGGCAAAGACUUUGACGCCCUGAGGGUGAACGUAGCUGCUCCUGGUGGACCGAUCGACCUGGUCCAGCCUGAGAAACCAAAGAUACUUUUGGAGAAGUUCUUGAAUUUGGGUGAUGAUCGCAACAUAGUAGAGGUGUUUGUGGCCGGGAGGAAGGUGGUACCAUUCACAGAGCCAACAACAGAAUAAACGCUUUGGUCACUCGUCUUAAAGCCUAAACCCCCCUGGAAAGUCAGCUUGAAGAGGCCUUGAACAAAAUACAUGUAAAUCUGAGAAAUAUACAAGAUAUGCAGCUUAAGAAGGAUCAGUGGGAAAUGCCCUACUGUUUCAUGAACUGCACAAUUAUCCUUUUAUGCCAAGACAAAUAAGUAGCAAAUUAAUUAUCACCAUUGCCAUUUCCCUCUUAGAUACAGAGGACAGAAGAGGAAACAUGAUAUUAAUGUGGUUCAGUGAGUCAUCAUUUCACUUGCUUUUUGUAAUUUUUUUGUGUACUAAAACAUAUUCGUGCACCAGCCCUUUGCUUAAUAAGAAGUCACUCUUCAUGUUCAAGUCCACAUUGUUUUAGAGUUUUUGUUAUAUUUACCUAAAUUUCUUACUUAAACUAACUAAUGUACAAGUACUGGUGAUUAUUGUUUGCUAACUACAACAUAUUUGUCAUUGCCCAAAAAGUGUAAACUAAACCAUUGUCUGUAAAGUUUAUCCCAAAAAUCCAAAGUACACGUUUUCCCUCUGAUCUGUAGUGCUAUUUAUCAAUCUAGAUAGUUUGGGUGUGAGUUGCCUAGUUUUGGAUGAUUCCAUGUAAUCGAACUACAUGGCACUCGGCUUGUGGUGCUCAAAACAAAGUCUGGGGAUUAACUUGAGUAACCUGGUCAUGAUUUGUGGAAAGAGACAUUGCGGUUGAGUUUCUCAAAAGUAUUUUUUGGUGCUUUGAGCACCACAAGCCAAGUGCCAUGUAGUCGCAUUGUAAUGGGGAUAAGGCAGACAUCUCGAAAACAAAACAACUCACACCUAAACAAUCUAGAUCGAGAAAAAAACACUGUAGGUAAGAUGAAACAAUUUUGUGUUUGAUUUUGGAAUGAACUGUCCCUCUAAGUGUCGUAACAUAGGACUGGUGAAGUAGAGGAGCUCGGUGUAGCUGCAGUGCCCAACCUGCUUGUCUUCAGUGGCUUGGUGAACUUAUUUUAAUGCUGGUGCUAGAAAAUGCGAGAAUGAUAACUGCUUCAGGUUUUACACUGUACACUCCACUCAGGUGUUUAAAAAAACGACAAAGGCACGCAAGUAUUUUCUGUCGUUCUCUUAGUUGCUGUAUUACUCAUUCAGUUCAGAAACAUAAACAUUUAGUAGCAGUGAUUUUACCUCAGAAUCCACAUCCAGAUUCACCUCAUUGCAAAGUGAAUUUACACUUAACCUGGUGCCUUAUUAUGAGAAGCUGAUUUAUUUUUGAUACAGUUGUGUCAUCAUAGAACAAGAUUAGGUUUAAAUCAAUUCAAAGUUUUACUACUGAGAGUGUUGAUUUUAAGCAACACAAAAAUGUAAUUUACUUAAGUGUUUAUAUUGCCAUUAAAACUAUCUGAAUGUUGGGAAAUGAAGGGAAACUAGCGGACAGCUUGCUGAAUAUGGGUUUGUCUGGAGAAUAUAUUAAGGACAUGUUUACAAUUGUUAUCACAACAUAUUACUCUGGACCAAAAUGUAUUUGUAAAGAAACUAUGUGAUAUGUCGCACCAAGGAAGACUGAAAUAAAGAAUAGC